AUUCAAAAUAUUGAGCAAUCUCAACUAGCCUGCUCACUCUCCCUCUUUAGAAGAAAUGGCGACAUACGCUGUUCUUGGCGCGACGGGCAACACCGGCAGGUCUCUCAUCGAGCUCAUCCUUCAACAGCCCAACGGCAAGGUCCACGCCUACUGCCGCAACAAGAACAAGCUCUCAAAUCAACUGCCAAUCGUGGUGGACAACAAGCGCGUCUCGGUCUUCGAGGGCAGCAUACACGAUGAAGACCUCUUUGCCAACUGUAUGCGCGGCUGCAAGGCCGCCUUCCUGGUCGUCACAACCAACGACAACGUCCCCGGCUGCCAGAUGUCGCAGGAAUCGGUGUCGACCAUCAUCCGCGCGCUGAAGAAGCUGCGGGGGGAAGGGCAGCCCCAGGGCGCCGGCGCCGCGCGCCCGCCCAAGAUCCUGCUGCUGUCAUCCGCCACCAUCGACGAGAAGCUCAACCGCGAUAUGCCGGGCUGGUUCAAGCCCAUCAUGAAGGCGGCGGCGUCGCACGUGUACGACGACCUCAAGGCCGCGGAGCGCAUGCUGCGGGCCGAGGAGGAGUGGCUGACGACCAUCUUCAUCAAGCCCGGCGGGCUGUCGCUCGACGUGCAGCGCGGCCACAAGCUGAGCCUCGACAGGCAGGAGUCCUUCAUCUCGUACCUCGACCUGGCGGCCGCUAUGAUCGAGGCUGCUGACCAGCCUGACGGGGAGUACGACAUGCAGAAUGUUAGCGUGGUCAAUACGAAUGGGGGUGCCAAGUUUCCUCCGGGAACGCCAAUGUGUAUUGCUGUGGGCUUGUUGAGGCAUUUCUUCCCCUGGCUUCAUAACUACUUGCCGUCGACGGGACCAGCUUAGUUGGAACUUG